CGUCAUAUAGACUUCAACUUCCACUAUUUCCUGACCUCGCACCUUCUUAGACGUACUUCAUAUCAGUUCCUCCUAUCUCAUCAAAUAAUCAAUCAAAACCACCUGAAAUCUUGUCUCCGAAAGAAAGUAUGGCAGAAGACGGCAUUCUCGUUGAGUACAAAGGCAAGGUUGCCAUCAUCACGCUCAAUCAGCCGAAGAAGCUCAAUGCCCUGAAUGGAGAUUUAUAUUUUGCGCUCGCGAAGGCGAUGUACGAAGUUGCUGCUCGCGACGACAUCUACAUUACUGUUCUUACCGGCAAGGGGAGAUAUUUCUCUGCAGGCGCGGAUGUAGCCAUUGGUGGUUCCCAACCAGAGAACGAAGACCUUCGCCGCUUCUGGCUGAAGAAUUUCGUUUCGAACAAUCUUCACAUCACACACGCAUUUUACUCUCAUCCUAAGAUUCUCGUUACUGCUCUAAACGGUCCGGCAGUUGGAUUGUCAGCGGCGCUCAUUGCCUUCUCGGAUUUCAUCUACGCCGCACCGCACUCUUUCUUGCUGACGCCAUUUUCGUCCCUCGGUCUUGUUGCCGAGGGUAACGCAUCUGUUGGCUUCGUUCGCCGCUUGGGCAUCAGCAAGGCAAAUGAGGCGCUGAUCAUGAGCAAGCGCAUCACAUGCGAGGAGCUCGUCCAGACUGGUUUUGUGAACCAAGUUAUCGAUGUUGGCAGCAAGGACUCACCAAAAUUCUUGGAAGAGGUACUAAAAGAGGUUGAUAACCGACUGGGCGACCACUUGAAUGGCGAAAGUCUGAUCGGCAUCAAGAGACUGAUAAGGAAGCCGGAAAUGGAUAUCCUCGAUAAGCAGGGUGUCGAGGAAGUCUUUGCGGGACUUCAACGAUUUUUGAAGGGUGUGCCACAAGAAGAAUUCAGGAAAAUCGCAAGCGGCGAGAAAAAGCAUAAAUUGUAGAUGUACGAUGAGAGCAGGGAAUUCGGCGACUAGGUUAGAUAUUAUUUAAAUUUAUGCAAGAGAUACGCCGCCCUCUGUGACUAGUAUCUCCCCACCGAGCGUGCUCUGAUUAUGCGGUGGUCUGAACUCGCCAGAAUCU